AUGUUCUGUUUGACGUGCGUCGGCGUGACCAAGUCUCGCGGCCAACCACAAUUUAACGUUCUAGACUUCAAAGCUGUUGGUGAUGGCCACACAGAUGAUACUCAAGUCUUCAAAGACGCAUGGGCCGCAACAUGUGGGUGCGAAACGGGCCGUCCAAGGAUGAUCAUCCCUGCACGUAGGACGUUUCUUGUACUGCCCACAGUAUUCGAUGGCCCGUGCAAGUCCACUAGCGUCAGUGUUCAGCUUCAAGGAACAAUAGUCGCACCUGACACCCUGGAUACAUGGAAUGAUAAAGAUGCAUCCGAAUGGCUACGUUUUGAUUCGGUGAGAGGUCUCACAUUUGCUGGUUCUCGUCUCAUUGAUGGCAGAGGGCACAAUUGGUGGGCCAAAUCUUGCAAACGUAACAAGAAUCAGGGUUUAAGAUUCGACCAGUGCAAUGACACCGUGGUGAGCGGUGUGAGCUUUGUGAACGGCCCACAAAUGCACCUCACAAUCUACCGUUCCGGGAAUGUUAACGUGACUUCGGUCCACGUCACUUCCCCUGCAACCAGCCCCAACACCGAUGGCAUUCACGUCCAAGCUUCGUGGCAUGUCCAUAUCCAGGAGUCUGUCAUAGGAACAGGCGACGACUGCAUCUCUAUAGGAGACGAUGUUUAUGAUAUAGUUAUCGAGCAUAUCAAGUGUGGACCAGGCCAUGGUAUAAGCGUGGGUAGCUUAGGAAAGGAAGGGAGCGAAGUUUCAGUUGAAGAGAUUCAUGUCUCACAUGUAGAAAUGUUUGAUACCACUAAUGGAGCAAGGAUCAAGACAUGGCAGGGAGGUAAGGGAUCUGCAAGCCGUAUAUCAUUUGAGCAUAUUAAUCUCACCAAUGUACACAACCCUAUUAUCAUAGACCAAUACUACUGCGACAGCCCUAAAACAUGUGAAGCCCAGGCUGAUGCUGUGCACAUCAGCGACGUGACAUUUGCUCAUUUCACGUACGGGGACCUCGAUGAGUCAGACUGCCGUGACCCUCAAUUGUAG